CAUGAGUUCUUCAAACACAAGGCAAGGAGAUAGCAAAAAAUGGUGCUUUCAAGUUCUUCAAUUCUUUCAAUACUCGUAGUCUUGCUUCUGUCUCCUUUUGUAGUUUCAUUUACAAUUCAGGAUAGGUUUCUACAAUGUCUCUCAACUACUUCACAUUCCUCCUAUCCUUUCUCCACUGCCAUGUACACUCCAAUUGACAACUCUUCCUUCGCCACAGUUUUACUUUCUACUGCUCAAAACCUCAGGUACACUUUGCCUUCAGUGCCAAAGCCUGAGUUUAUCUUCACACCGUUCAAUGAAUCUGACAUCCAAGCAGCUGUUGUUUGCUGUAAACAGCUUGGAAUUCACUUCAGAGUCCGCAGUGGAGGCCAUGAUUAUGAGGCUGUCUCUUAUGUCUCUGAAAUUGAAUCGCCUUUCAUAAUUAUAGACCUUGCCAAGCUACGAUCUAUUGACGUUGACAUCGAAGAUAGUAGCGCUUGGGUUCAGGCAGGUGCCACAAAUGGUGAGCUUUACUACAGGAUUGCUGAAAAAAGUAAAACUCAUGGUUUCGCUGCUGGCCUUUGCACCAGUUUAGGCAUUGGAGGGCACAUCACAGGAGGUGCCUACGGUCCAAUGAUGAGGAAAUAUGGCCUUGGUGCUGACAAUGUUAUCGACGCUCGCAUAAUCGAUGCUCAGGGAAGGAUUCUUGACAGGCAAGCCAUGGGGGAAGAGCUUUUUUGGGCAAUCAGAGGAGGAGGAGGAGGUAGCUUUGGUAUCAUUACUGCCUGGAAAGUAAAAUUGGUCCCUGUGCCAGAAAAUGUGACGGUUUUUACAGUUAGUAAGACCUUGGAACAAGGUGCCACUAAGCUCCUCUAUCGGUGGCAGCAAGUUGCUGACAAACUCGACGAAGAUCUCUUCAUUAGAGUUAUCAUUCAAACAGCUGGUAACAAGGGUAAUAGAACUAUUUCGACUUCCUAUAAUGCCUUGUUUCUUGGUGAUGCCAAUAGACUCCUCAAGGUAAUGGAAGAAGGAUUUCCAGAAUUGGGUUUGACACCAAAGGAUUGUAUCGAAACUACAUGGCUUGGAUCGGUGCUAUAUAUUGGCGGCUAUCCAAGCACUACGCCUCCUGAAGUUUUACUUCAAGCAAAGAAUAUCUUGAAGAGCUACUUCAAAGCCAAGUCAGAUUUUGUCCAAGAACCUAUCCCUGAAACUGGACUUGAAGGGAUAUGGAUAAGAUUUCUUAAAGAAGAUAGUCCUUUAAUGAUAUGGAAUCCUUUUGGUGGAAUGAUGAGCAAAAUCUCUGAGUCAGAGACUCCUUUCCCCCAUCGAAAGGGUGACCUUUUCAUGAACCAUUAUGUAACUAGCUGGCAAAAUGCUUCAGGGAAUGUUGGAAGGCACAUAAAGUGGAUGAGAGGGCUUUACAAGUACAUGACACCUUAUGUUUCCAAGAAUCCAAGGGAAGCAUAUGUGAAUUACAGGGAUCUUGAUUUGGGUAUGAACAGAAAUACUCGCACAAACUUUAAGAAGGCAAGGGUUUGGGGUGCUAAGUACUACAAGGAUAACUUCUACAGAUUGGCUUUAGUGAAGAGCAUGGUUGAUCCUGAAAACAUUUUCAGGCAUGAACAAAGCAUUCCACCUCUUCCACUGCACAUGCGGUAAAGAAGCUGAAGAGGAAUUCAUGGCCAGGAAAAAGGGUGGUUGGAUCACCAUGUUUAUGUGUCUGUGAUGGGACCAGCAUCCUAAGUUUGUUCCAAUAUUUUGGUUAAGUAGACAGUCAUUCCUGUCGCAGAAUGAUGUGUAAUAAGCAAGUUUUUCUAUCAAGUAGUGUUCAAAAUAUGCUAUAAAAUUUAUAAAUAAUCGUGGUAGUUGAA